AUGAGUUCAAAUUCAGAUGAUGAAUAUAGAUAUGAAAAAUGUAGUGAUGGUUGUGAUAAGCCGUUAACUGAUGAUAAUUGGUGUAGAACUUCUAAAUGGAGAUACGGUCCUAUUGAAUAUUAUGAUAAAGAUAUUCAAGAAUGGCAUAGAGCUGGAGAAACUGAUAUUGUUCUUAAAAUUAUAGAAAUUUUAAAUGAUAAGAAUAAUAUACCUGAUGAAUUUUUUGAAGAGAUUAAAACUCAAAUGACCUCAUUCGUGGAAUUUGGUUUUAUUAUUAGAUGUUUUGGAGUUGCGGUGGGUUUUAAACCGUAUUAUAAUAUCCCACACGAUGAUGCGCUUGCAUUUCUUAUUACAUGUAAAAAAAUUCAUCCAGAUAUUGAUGAAGAUAACACUCCAAAAAUUAUUGUUGAUUUGAUCAAACGUUGCUGGAGUGAAGAUCCAGAUAACCGGCCGACUGCUAUUGAAUUACUUGAUGAGCUUUUUAGUUGUAGGCAAAAAGAUCAUGAAAUAUGGACUGAAAUUAAGUCCAUUGAAGCAAAUAAGAACUUCGACAUUCCUCUAGAGGAAGCUUCUUUAGAUUAUAUAACAUCAGAGAAGGCAAUCUAUACUAGUCAAUUAAUUACUAUUUCACAGGAAUUAGUAAGCAAUACUAGCAAGCGUAUUAGUGUUUCAUCAGUUCCUGAUAGUUAA